AAAAUGUUAGCACAAGGAAGAAACAUGGGAAGCAGAUUCACCCCAUUUUUGGCCAUGCUCCUAUGCUUUGGAAUCAACUUGGUGCAAUGUGAAUAUUAUUAUUCUGAGGAAACCUCAAAGGUGGUCAUGUACGUGGAUUAUGCCUUCACCUCAGAUGAGUUCAAUGGAAGCUCCAUUUUCUCAACAUCACACAACUAUAGUAGAUACAAUGAAGCCAUUAAAAUUGAGCUCGUAGUGAGGGACAUAUAUAGGAUGCAAGAGAACAUGCACCAGGGUUAUCCAACUGAAACACUAGUUCGGUUUCUCAAAGCAAGGGACGGGAAUGUUGCCAAAGCGCAUAAAAUGUUAAUUGAUUGCUUACAAUGGAGGGUGGAAAAUGAGAUUGACAAUGUCUUAGCGCAGAAGCCAAUCCCCCCUGAUUUGUACAGAGGUUUGCGAGAUUCUCAACUCACAGGAAUGUCUGGUGUUUCAAAGGAGGGUCUACCUGUCAUUGCUGUUGGGGUUGGACUCAGCACAUUACAUGAAGAGUUUGACAAAUACUAUAUACAGUCACAUAUCCAAAUGAAUGAAUAUCGGGAUCGGGUGAUUUUGCCAACGGCUACCAAGACUCAUGGACGAUACAUUGGCACCUGUGUAAAAGUCUUGGACAUGACUGGUUUAAAACUAUCAGCACUAAAACAAUUGAGGCUUUUGACUUCUAUAUCUACAAUUGACGACUUGAACUACCCAGAAAAAACAGACGCAUAUUAUAUCGUUAAUGCUCCGUAUGUAUUCUCAGCAUGUUGGAAGGUUGUAAAGCCUCUUUUGCAAGAAAGAACAAGAAGGAAGGUCCACGUGCUGAAAGGUUGUGGGAUGGAGGAAUUACUGAAGGUUAUGGACUAUGCAUCCCUCCCGCAUUUUUGCAGAAAGGAGGAUUCCAGGUUACCCCAAGAUUAUGCAGCUGGAAAUACUGAAAAUUGUUUCUCCUUUGAUCAUGUCUUCCAUCAACAACUCUAUAAUUAUAUCACACAGCAAGUUAUAUUAUUGGAGUCCAUAUCACAAAUUAGACGUGGUUCUUUCCAUGUAGAGUUACCAGAGCCAGACCCAGAUGAUGCCAAAAUAGCCAAGACUAUAGAAACUGAGUUCCACAAACUGGAAAUUCAGAAUGGCCUAACUAACUGACUAAUGAUCUUGUAGCUCAUGGUCAUAAAACCCGGAGAAUCCGGAAUACACUCUUUCGAUAGAGCCAUGUUUAACUGUUGAGUAUUACAUAAUCCAUUUCAAGUAGGAGGGUCAUAAUUCUUGUUCUAUAUGUUAGUUAUAUUCAGUUAUUGGAUGUCAUAUCA